GCACUUGUUUGAGACCUAGGCGUAUGUGUUGUUUGUUUACAACUAUGAGUAAUAAGAUGUCUGUAUACAUUAUAUUGCUCUAAUACCUUGCGUUAAUUAAGAAUGAGGACAUUAUAUCACCCAUUGAAGUUUCAAAAACUUUUAAAAUCGAACUGUCACGUAUAGUCCGAAAAUUCGUCGAUGGUUGGACUGUAAAUUUCGGUUUUAUCGAAAAUGCCAAUUGUUCUGAACAUUUUUUUAAUUUCGCUCAAAAUUUCUAUAGGACUGAGACCUUUCAAAAUGUCGAGUCAAAAAAUUCACAGGAUUGGCAGUUUAAGCUAACUUAAACUGACAAUCAGCUUAAAGCUACCAAUUGAGACAAUUGGUAGUCCCAGUGUAAUUAUAACAAAGCUCUUCGUUUUGUUAGCAGUGAGGCUUCAAUUUCUGGAAGAUAUGUGUCUGACCUUUUUUGGAACUAAAGUUUUACUAUGGAUAUGAUUUUUUCACGAAAACUAUGUUACUAUAUUGUAUAGUGUCGUACGACACUGAAUUCUGAAUUAAGUAAUUCAGUAUUCAUUACAAAUUCUAUGUUCACUGUUCGGGGCUUAAAUAUAAAGCUUUUGGUUUUGUCAAUUAUUUUGUUUCUGGGCUUUGGUUCAGUUAGAAAAUAAGUUGUAGACUUAUCUUUACAGUUAGCAGUACGACAUCCCCUUGAGACCAUAUGUUUGCUGCUUUUAGUUGUACCCUUUUUCAGCCGACCUGUAUGGCAUGGUAGGACCUUGAGGAAUGGUUGCUCCAGUUUGUGGAGCUCGAUUGGCUCAUCACGAUAGGCCAGCUUGACCACCACAUCAAGGUAGCAGCAACGGUCGGGUUGUUUAUAUACUUGGAUAUUAUUUGUGCUCAGUCUGUUGUGGACUAUAUUGAUCGCUUUUCCCUUCUAAAUAUGACAAGUCUCUGGCGAUCCUCGUAACCUCCAUACUUUAAGGAGCAUGUAAUUGUUGUUUUGUGGUCUCGAUUUCAAAAGUUAACAAAUUAUGUAAACAUACAACCCUAAUGCUAUAUUUAACAUCCGUUUACUUAUAAUAACUUAUAAUGUUAGAUUUUGUCUAUUAUAUAUUCACUGGUUUUAUUUUUAUUUAAGAAUGAAACUAUCCGUAUUAAAUCGUUCAAACAAACAUGCCCUUAACGAGUAUAACUAGACCAACCAUUGAUUUAUGUCCCUUUGACUCCACGAGUUUAAGAAAUCGAGUUGUAUCAUUAGCGUUUAGCAUGUUAGUUGGCUCAGUUCAAUGGGUAGUCAUGUAUAUCAUAACUUUAUUUUAUCUACAUAGUUCAGUUCGGUUUUAUUCUGUGGUGUUAUUUGAUUACUUAUUAAAAGUGAUAGAGUUCGAUUAAAACGAAUAUGACUCCAAACCACCAAAUAAACACAUGUGACUGAUGAAAUGCGGCUGGCAACGUAAUCUAGAAUGUGCGUUUCGUUCUAUUUGGGACUUAGUCAGAGAUAUCUGCACCACAGAGUUGGUGUUCACUCCGGGAUUUCAGGCUUUAUUUACCUUCCAUAUUAAUCGCAUCAUGUGAUAUUCAGUAGCUUAAUUUGAAAGUUAUUUUCCAGACUUUCCUCUAUUGUACAUAACGCAGUUUAAAUAUGACUUUCCAUUUUGUAAUUAUCAGGUACCAUGAAUGCAAUUAACCCUAACAACUCUAAUAACCUAACCUCUGGCUUUGGUCAUUCAAAUGAUAUGAAUUUUGUGAAAAGUAGUGAGAACCGUUUAGGUGAUUCCAAUAGUUUAUCGUCUGUUGAAUUAGCUCAAUUACCAAUGAACUCAAUGUAUACAAACGGCUCAACUGCAGAAACCGAUGUUUUGAAAGCGAAUUAUGGGAUUCCUGCUGAUGAGUGUUGGUUGUUCAAACCACCGAAGCAACACCAAACUCAAGGUUCUGUUGAACCCAUAAGAACAUGGUUACGUGCUAUAUUUGAUUCGCCAGAUUCCUGCUUUUUCCAUUCGCGUCGAAAUCUCCUCUCCCGCCUUGAAGCGAUCAUUUUGGCUGGGGGACAAACUGAAGCAUAUCAGUUUGGUGGCAGUGUCCCAUCUCUGAAUCUUAUUACUUCAGGAUAUCCACCGCGUCCGAAUACAGGUCUUACAGAACAUCCUGUUUAUGGAUCUGUCGUAUCCAAUCGUCUGGUAACCGCUAGUUCAUCAGACAGUAUUUCGUUUCCUAGUCAACAGACAGUAACUAAUCCUACAUUGAACAGUGAGCAUGUUAACAUGAACACUUUCACACGUUCUCACAAACCAAGAAUAAGUUUACCACCUCAGUGCAGUGCAAGUAAAUCAGUAAAAAAUGUUUCUCAUAAUCCUAAUUCAUACUUGUCUAACUCUACUGGAGCGAACUUUUCUUUCAAACCACCUAACAAGACUGGGUCAUGUGAUGAGCUAGAAACUACAUCUGCAAACACCAAUGUACAGGAGAUUGCUAGACGACAAGAAGACACAUUAAAAGCAGAAGUUGCAGCUCUAGCAGCGGCAGCUGCUGCUGCCGGCAAACAUGGUAGUCAGCAUUCUCUUGCUUCUUUGUGUAGGAAUAGCCCUCAUGGGAGCUACACAAACAUCGCUAGUGCUCCAGAAAGUCCUCACUCAAGCACAACAAAGCUAAACCAACCUCAGCAAAAUCACGACCAUUUCUAUGUAAAACAAUCUCUGUCGUUUUCUCAAGAGUUUGAAGGGCAAAUUACAAACCAGCAACCAACACAAGAUACUCAUCUUGUUAAUUAUUCGUCUCAUAGUCCUACUAGAAAAGACGUGCUGUCCAACAUUCCUGCUCACGCUUCUAAUGUGGCAAACAUAAAACAAAACCCUUACAAAAUUUUGCCUCAAAAGCCUUUGCUCACAAAUAUUGUUCCAGAAAUGGGGGAUGAAUCUAGACAAUCUCAAAAAAUUUCAGUUUCAACACAUCCAUCAUUAUAUCCUCUUGCGGUGAAUGCCACCGGAAACAUGUACAUGCCUUCGGCAGAACCUCGCAGUCAUUUUGGUUUUCGGCCACUACAACAAAUCUCUACUGGUCCAUUCAAUAAAACUGUUAAUUUAGGAUCAAGACGUACAUCUGAUGAUCAACUUUUAUCCUCCGGAAACCCAAACCAAUAA